GAUACGACCACAUUGCGUUGUGCAACAAAAGGAUGACCAAACAGUAAAUUGUUACAGUUUCCAGACGUCAUUAAUCCAAAUGUCAAUUUAUGUGUAUGGAUUGACAAUAUUAUAAACUAGUUUAUUUGCAUCGAAAUACAAAAAAUAAAGAAGAAAUCGUCGAUAUCUGGCAUCUAAUUGUGGUUUUUCACCAAUUUUUACAUUAAAUUUUGUGAAUUACUCAUUUUCCACGGAAAUUGAAAUAUUCAAGGAAAAGUUCCAGCAAGAGCAGUGUCAUCAUUUUCCCCUUUAUAUUCCAGUAGUGGCUACAAUGAAUUUACGAAAUGGCAAAAUAAAGCCGGACUUUAUUGAUUUGGAUGAUUACGAGAGCCCGGAAAGGAUAAUGCCGUACAAUACACGCUAUCGAAUUUCAAAAAUAAAAAGCGAGCCAUCAUCAUCUGAUGACGACGACGAACCAUUGCAAUGUCUAGUUGACAAUCGUUUUCUACGACCACGUAACCGAGCCACACCGCCGCCAUCGAUUGCUUUGAUCAACUAUAAGCCUGAAUACGAUUCGGACGAUGAAAUCCAUGAUGAAUCGUCGAUCGUUGACAUUGAAACUGUACAAAAUCAAGUAAAAAGGAUCAAAACUGAGGUAAUUGAUGACGAAUAUAUGGAUUAUUGCCAUAAGCCAGCGUUGCCACGUAAACCAGUUCGAAGUUCAAAAGUUACCCGUCGAUCGUCAAAGCCAUUGAAUGGUCCCGACAAACGUAAUUAUCAAUGUAUUUUAUGUCGUAAAUUUUUUCGAUAUAUGUGUAGAUUGAAAACACACAUGUCAACUCACACCGGCGACAAAAUGUUUUUUUGUGCCCUAUGUCCAAAGAAUUACACCAGUAAAUCAUCGUUGAAUGUGCACAUGCGUGUGAUUCAUUCGAAUAAGAAGUCGGAAAAUGUCUCACAAACGAAGCCACUUUUUGUAAAUGUCAAAGAUGAACCGAAGCAAGAGCCUCAGCAAUUUCUCGAAUUUAAAAUCGAACCAUUUGAAUAUGUCGCCGAAAGUAGUAUGCUUGAUGUUGAAACAUCCGCCAUGGAAUACACUCCGUUUGUUUGGGAUGACAAAGAAGUGGUGUCAAAUAUGACGACGUCGGUGCCGUGGCGGGAUAGUGAAGUGUUGAAGCCGAGCGACAAAGAGAAUCGAUUGCAUCGGCUGUGCCCGACACCAAGGCCAAAAGUCGCAUCAAAGUAUAUGCUGUGGCAGAAGGAAUCGACUGGACUGCAAUCAUGCUAUGUGGACAUUUUCAAACAGCUAAAAUCCAGACGAUCUUCAUUCGCCGAGAUUGUGAUCAAUUCAAAGAGUGACAAAGCCACCCAAGACAAUGUCAAGAGCACUGAGUCGGCGGUUGAAGAACGUGAAAUCGGUGACAUUGAAUUUAUUCAAAAGAAUUGGCAAGAGGCACGUGAGUGGUACAAUCGAAGUAUUUGCCAUGCAAAAUUGGGAACGUUUCAUCUCUCCGUAGGUUAUGCAAAACGUGCACAGUGCUUCUUCAAUAUGGGCAUGUACAAAAAAUGUUGGAUCGAUUUAUCGAUGGCCGAGAAUUCGGGACUGCCGAAAGAGUUGCUACCGCAAUUGGAAAAGCAUAAAAAUUCCUGUCGAAUGAUGCUGAAAGUAAGUAAAAUAAACGACGAUAUCGAGCCGACUCUCAGUUUCACCGCCGAUCCAAUGUUCCCGGAAAUGGCCCAUGUGCUGGAAAUCACCUGCAACGAUACAUACGGACGUCACAUCGUUGCCAAAGAACCCAUUGCCGUUGGUCAAAUUGUCUUAAUCGAAAAAGGAUUUGUAUCGACCACAACCGAAUAUUAUGUCAAGUGCUGCAUAUGUUUAACGGCCGAUACAAAUCUGGUGCCGUGUUCAAGGUGCUGCAAAGCAAUGGUUUGUAAGCGAUGCACCACCCGAAAAUACCAUCAAAUCGAAUGUGAACUUCAAUCGACGGUGAAUUGUGAUAACAAUCAUUGGCUCAUCAAAGUGAUUCGAUCGAUUUUAUGUGGAAUUGCUCUGUUCAAUACCAUUGAAGACUACAUACAUUUCGUGGAAAUGGCCACCACUUUGAAUUAUACCGCCAUUCCCGACACCAUUCCCGAUAUGAAAUCGAAAUAUCGCGCAUUUUUACAAUUGAUCCACAUGCCGGCGCUGCAGAAUGACGCAGUCCCUCUGGCCAAAAAACUAAUGACCGCAUUCUUGAACCAUGAAAUCGUCGGACGGAUUUUUAGUUCGAUGAAACAACAACGCUUUUUAACGCAUUUAAUUUUACAUCACUUUGCAGUGAUUGAAAAAUUUGGCAUAAAGACUUUUGAUAACGGUGAAAGUGGUUGUGUCGAAAUCACCGCACCAAUCUCAUCAUACUUGAAUCACUCGUGUGCACCGAACUGUUCCAAAUUUUUACUCGCCAAUUCAAUUAUCGUGGUCACCAUGCGUCCCAUAAAAAAAGGCGAACAGCUAUUUGUUAGCUAUUGCGAUAUCCGAAAUAGCGACAAGGAGCGUCAAAGUAUUUUACGUGAAAAAUACGAAUUUGAAUGCCAGUGCGAGCGCUGUACAUUGGCACAAUCGCCAACGAUUGGUGCACAACAAAUUCAAUUGUUCGAUCGAAUUCGAGCAGAGGUUACCGAACGUUUUAUUCAAGAGAAUUUUGAAUAUUUGGCCAGCAACGAUCAGGACAAACGCAAAGAAUUGUCGGAGCGUGUAAUGGAUGUUUUAUACAAUUUUGGACGAAUGCCAUGGAAUAACACUGUUGAAUGGGCAUACGUGGUUUACAGCAUUAUUCUCAGUCAUCGCUUUCAAAAGAAACUAAAGUAUUGAAAAUGCAUGAACUUUUUCGGAUUUUUGAGACGGACAACAAUACACAACAUUUAUGUCAUACAUUUUUAUCAAUUUAUUUUUUAAGAAAAUACCAUUCUCUAUAUAUGUGAAAAACGUGUUGCACUUUUUCAACAGUAACACUUUGUGUUUUUGACUAGAAUAAGACGUACAAAUUAGUCCAGGGACUGGAAUUAAGGAAAAUUCGAUUGAAUCAUCGAAUCAACAUAACAAAAAUGUCAUAGCCAUAGAAUUUUGGAUAUUAGACCGUUUGCCAGUUGAGUAAUCGAGUAAUAAAUCAAUCUUGAUUAUGAAGAAAUCAAACAAAUGUACAACUCGAUACA